CUUGUCCAGAGGGCGAAGUUGUACUUGGCAAAGAACCAGUACGGCAUAACGGCGCCGGACAUGUUGGCGGAGGAUUUCCAAUUCGUGGGGCAGGUCAUUGGGCCUUUGGACAAGGCGACUUUCAUCCGCCAGCUCGGCGCGUUUGACUUGUUGGUGGCCUUCCCGGAUGUCAAG